AUGCAAGCAAUCCUGAGAAAAAUCACAAAGUACGAACCGCCCAAGCCACAGAGCUACAAAUGCAGCCAACCGACAAGGUCCUUGCUUGGUGCAUCACCGAAAUACUGUAUCCAGUUGCUGAACCGAAGAGAGGUGUUGGGAGAAGUAGGAGCACCUCUCAGCAAAAUUGCAAGCUGGUCCACCUCUUCCAAGGUGAGAGCAAUGUCGAAGGGACUCCGAUCACCGCAAAUUGGAAGGCGUCAGAUAUUCGCCACAUCUUCAAGGGUAGGGGUAACUCUCCCCAUGAGCACACAAAGGUAUGGUAGCAGCGCUCCACCUCCGAACCACAUGACGAAGCAUCUUCGCUUCAAUAUGGAUAUCUCACAGCUUGGAAAAGAAGAUGGCAUCCAGAAUAUUGCAUGUGGACGGAUCCAGCAGCUCACGGCCCUUCUCAAUGCAGCACUUGGAUAUGGAGACAGGAUCAACUAUAGGAGCAAUUUCUGGCAAUGGCUCAUCACCAACAACGGGAUUCUCACAGGCAUCUUCAAGCAACAAGUGCGGCCUUUUUGCUUUGAGAUUGCCAUCCAUGGAGUAAAGGUGGUCUAA